CAAAAGACCAGCCAAGAUCCACGGUUACGGAUGCCAUUUAGCUCGUUGUACGAUUUCGUCUUAUUGGUGCAGUGAUCCCGAAACCGGUGCAUCUAUUGCGGAUUCAGGUGUGGGGAGUUCUCCAGGGAAAUCUACUCUUCUACGUUCUCUCGCUGUGUCGAUUUUUCUUUUAUGCUUCGUAGUAUUCGCUUUUUAGCUUUGACCGAUUGAUAAACGAUGUACAAGGAGAACGCGAAGUUCUUUUUCAGUUGAAGGGAAUUCAUACAGUGACGAUCUCUCUGAUUUGCAAAUGCAGAUGCCGCAGCGGUGAAUGCCGCGGAAUGAACGAAUACGAGUUCUCCGUGAUCUUCCUCGCGUACAGAGGAAGACUGCUCAAGAAUUCUUAAAGUGACGUAUUAUCAAAUCGAUCACGAUGUCUCUUGGGAAACGUAUAUCUGGAGCCGUCGCGGUUCUCAGGGGCGCUUCGGAAAUUAAAGAAGCGCAAAUGUCAUGCUCCGACGAGAUCGAGAAAAUAACGACCGUGGAGGAAGAAAAUGUCCGCCCCGACAAGAAGACACCGCUUGAUAGAUUACAACUAGUAGUGGAUUGGUUAGGAGAGAAUACACUUUUGGUCUUUACAAUCGCGGGAGUACUCGUGGGUCUUAUUCUUGGAUUCCUUGGUCGAUUAGCCAAUCCUUCGCCACAAUCCAUCACUCUCGUCAGCUUCCCUGGAGAGCUUCUUAUGCGCGUAUUGAAGAUGUUCAUUCUGCCACUCAUUGUUUCGUCGCUUAUCUCCGGAAUGGCGCAAUUAGAUCCUAAGGGUUCGGGAAGAAUGGGAUACAGGGCGUUGAUAUAUUACACCGUAACGACCAUACUUGCGGCCAUAGUUGGCAUCAUAAUGGUGCUUAUGAUCCAUCCCGGUGAUCCUAGGAUUAAGACCACCAUAACCGCGCCCAAGACGGAUUUCACGAAAAUAUCCACGCUAGAUGCGAUCCUUGACAUAAUUAGAAACAUGAUGCCGGAAAAUUUGGUGCAAGCGUGUUUCCAGCAGGCGCAAACCACUUACGUGACGAAGGAAGUGGUGGCCAUAGGAACAAAUGAAAUUAAUCAAGUCCAAGAGGCGACAUUAGUAUACAAGGAUGGGAUGAACGUAAUGGGCAUGAUAGUGUUCUGUAUCACGUUCGGUCUCCUUGCUGGACAGAUUGGCUCCCGAGGGAAAUUGAUGGUCGAUUUCUUCGUGGUUCUGAACGAAAUAAUCAUGAAGCUUGUCGGUAUUAUCGUGAUGUGGUAUUCUCCAUUCGGAAUCAUGUGUCUGAUAGCUGGCAAAAUAAUGUCGAUCAACAAUUUGGCAGCAACUGCUCAGAUGUUGGGCUUGUACAUGGUGACGGUUGUAUUGGGCUUAUUGAUUCACGCCAUAAUCACUCUGCCAACGAUCUUUUGGUUUCUAACUCGACAGAAUCCUGGCGUGUUUUUCAAGGGUAUGAUGCAAGCUUGGAUUACAGCCUUGGGAACAGCGUCAAGCGCUGCGACUUUGCCUAUAACUUUCCGAUGCCUCGAAGAAAACAAUAAAAUCGAUCCACGUGUAACGCGAUUCGUAGUAGCAGUCGGAGCUACGGUGAACAUGGACGGAACGGCUCUUUAUGAGGCAGUUGCUGCGAUUUUCAUCGCCCAAAUGAAUGGAAUCUCAUUAGGAAUGGGUGAAGUUAUAACAGUCAGCCUUACAGCUACCUUGGCGAGUAUAGGAGCAGCAAGUAUUCCCAGUUCAGCUUUGAUUACAAUGUUAAUAGUACUCACAGCUUUGGGUCUACCGACAAAUGAUGUUUCUCUACUGUUUGCAGUUGACUGGAUGUUGGAUCGAAUCAGGACUUCGAUCAACGUUUUGGGCGAUGGAUAUGGAGCUGGAAUAGUUUAUCAUCUGAGUAAAAAUGAACUGGACAGAAUGGAUCAAGAAAGGAAAUUAGAGGGUCUCGAAAUGGGAACACCUCUCGAAGACAUUUCGGAAAGUUGUAAACGCGAGAGCAUACCUGUUCCAGAGGAAAGUUCCGAAACAAAAAUUUGAUUUUGAAGAAUGCUUAUGUUCUUUCUUCAACUGUUUGUACGGCAACGCAGAAGAAAAAUAUGCUCACUUAUAUGAAAAAAUUAAAUUAUUACAACGAUAUCGAGCGGAAUUGGUAGAAAUGAAACUUUAUCUCUCCACUGCCAACAAAGUUUUGGAAUUUCGAUCGAAUUUUUGGUAGAAUGUUUUAGAAUAUUGUCAAACACCUACUGAAACGAAAUAUAAUAAAAAUGUGUGCAUGUUAAGCACAAAGCGAUAUCAUUGUAAACUACUUUUUUUGGAGGUAUGCUGCAACAUUUCAAGUAUUGCUAAGGAUCAAUUGAAAAAUAUAUUGUACAGAUAAUUAAAUAUAAGUCAGAUAGAUAAGAUAAAUCAGUUUUAUAUUCAAAAUGAAAUGUUUAAUACGAGAAUGUAUAUGUUUAUUCAUUUUAAUAGUCGAAUAAAGGAUUUUAUUUUAAUGAUAUUUUGAAUGUUUAAAA